AUCUGCUAUAAACUACACAAAAUACACAAAAUAAAAUUUAAGUAACACUAGUUAUUAACUGUGAUACUUUCAUGAUACACUUGAUGCACUUUAAAAAAUAUCACAAGGUCAUGAUAUGAGAAACGCAAUAAACACCACACAAAAUACCAACUUCACUAAACUGUGAACACUACAACAAAAUGGACGCGUUAAACUUGGACCAAUUACGCGACACCUACGGAUUGUCUCCAAUCCGUCGCGGAUAUCAAAUUUUCGAAGGAUACACAAUGCCGGAGAGUUUCCGACACAUGCGCAAAGCCAUCGAGGACUUUAAAGUCUACGACGAUGAUAUCUGGGUGACCAGUUACCCAAAAUGCGGCACAACAUGGACGCAAGAAAUUGUAUGGAAUAUAUGCAACAACUUUGAUUUCACGUCCGCUCAAAUUGAUUUGGACAUAAGAUUUCCUUUCCUUGAGUACGAAACAUGUUUCUACACCGAAGAUAAAAACUUAUUGCAAUACGAACCUGGUAUUGUUCAUAAAUCAGUAGAGAUAGCAGCAAAUAAAAGUCGUCCGCGUUUUAUCAAGACACACUUACCAUGGGAAUUAUUACCAAUGGAAAUUCAAAGCUUCAAAAAACGUCCGAAGAUUAUCCACGUGGCAAGAAACCCCAAAGAUGUCUGCGUGUCGUAUUUCCAUCACAAUCGGCUCAUGGAAGGCUUCACUGGUGAUUUUAACCUCUUUUGGAAGCUGUUCUAUAACAACAAACUUAACUACACGCCAAUGUUACGUAACGUGUUGAGUUACUGGGAACACCGCACAGAUGGCGUGCUGUUCAUAAAAUACGAAGAUAUGAAGUCUGAUAUUUCUAAAGUUAUAACACAAAUCGCGAAAUAUUUAAAUCGACCUAUGAGUGAGGAACAAUUGAAGAUGUUGCAACAUCAUGUGAGUUUUGAGGUUAUGAAGGAUAAUACUUCUACGCAUCAUGCUCCGGUGUUGGAUUAUUUACGUAAAUGUGGCGCUGUAGUCGACAAUGAUGGAUGUUUUAUGAGAAGUGGAAAAUCCGGAGGUUAUAAAAGUUUAAUGAAUGAUGAAGUUGAGGAAAUAUUUGAUAAGUGGAUGGAACAACAGCUGCAAAACACUGGAUUGGUGUUGUAAAUUACUUACAAUUGUUUAUUUGUUUAAGUUUUAUCUUUGAUUUUGAUUUUAAUCUGUUUUUGGAAGAUUUUCGUUGUUUUUGAGUAUUUUUAAGGUUAGGUUAGGUUUAUUGGUGGGAAAAUUACAGGAAACUGUACGGUAAUGUUAUGAAACAUGUUUAGUUACUCUAAACUACGUACAGAUGGCGCACUAUUCCAAAAAUACGAUAAAAUAGAAACUUAUCCAACAUUAUAUGAGUUUUGAGGUUAUGAGAAAUGGAAAAUCUAGAAGUUAUAAACCCAA